AUGGAUAAGUGGCUAAAUAGAGCAACAGACAAUAAAUCUACGUCUGAAAACUGUUCAGUAAGUUCUGCUUCAAAGUUGGAAAGCGCAAGUCAAGAUGUGAAUAAUCCUAUGAAAAUAAGAAAAUGUUUAAGGAAAUAUGAUCCUGAGUACAUUAAUAUUGGAUUCACGGUCAUAGACGUAAGCAAUGAGCCUCGGCCUCAAUUUGUUAUCUGUUUUGAAAUUCUUUCUAACCAAAGUAUGAAACCGUCCUUAUUAAAACGUCACCUUUCUACAAAACAUUCGACGUUAGAAAACAAACCAAAUGACUAUUUCGUCCGAAAAUUGUUAGAGAUGAAAAGCACAAAGAAAAUUAUAUCAUCUUUUAGCGGUAGUACUGAAAAAGCAGUGGAAGCAUCUUUCUUAGUGAGCUUAAGAAUAGCGAAGUGUGGAAAACCUCAUACCAUCGACGAAGAACUGAUUUUACCGGCGGCAAAAGAUAUGGUAACUUGUAUGUUAGGUGUUCCGUCAGCUAAAAAACUUGAUAUGAUAUCACUGUCAAAUGAUACAGUUCGCCGCAGGAUUGAAAGUAUGGCAUUAAACGUUAAAGAAAAAUUAAUUGAUCAAGUGAAAAAUAGUGAUUUUUUUUCCAUACAACUUGAUGAAAGUACAGAUGUAUCAAACUAUGCUCAACUUAUGGUUUACGUGCGGUUUGUAUUUCAAACUGUAAUUAAAGAGGAUUUUUUAUUUUGUGAAGCACUAUCAACACGAACUACCGCUGACGAAAUAUUUAAAAAGUUGAACCACUUUUUUGUUGAAAAUGGAUUAAACUGGAAAAAGUGUGUUGGCUUCUGUUCUGACGGUGCUCGAGCUAUGACAGGUAAACAUGGAGGUGUUGCGACUAAAAAAAAAUUGGUUACAGAAAAUUGUACUUUCAUACAUUGCAGCAUCCACAGGGAAGCUUUAGUAGUAAAACGUAUGCCAGAACCAUUUAAACUAGUACUCCAGGAAGCCAUAAAGGUAGUCAAUUUUAUUAAAUCUCGGACUCUACAGUCUCGUUUAUUUACAAAACUGUGUUCCGAAAUGGGAAGUGAUCACAUUCAAUUGCUUUUACAUACGGAAGUGAGAUGGCUCUCUCGAGGAAGAAUGCUUAGCAGGUUAUUUGAACUACAUUCUGAGGUUCAGUUAUUCCUAGGAGAGACUAAUUUUGAACUCAAAGAUAAAUUGACAGAUAACCUGUGGAUAACAACAUUGGCAUACUUAUCAGACAUUUUCAAUCGUCUCAAUGUAUUAAAUUUAAGUUUACAAGGUAAAUCAAUAAACAGAUUUUCAAUGAAUAACAAAAUUAAGGCAUUUAUUAAGAUAAUUGAAAUGAUAAGUAAUAAUGUUUCGAAUGAAAACCUACAGUCUUUUCCUAAUUUGGAACAAUUUGUGACAGAACAUGAACUUCAAGUGGAAGCUGAUCUUAUAAAAAAACAUAAAACAUCAUUGUAA